AUUGCGAGUUGAUGCCGCCACCAUUUCGCACUUCUGCGCGUCGGGCAGCACUCGCUCGGGUUCGCUACGAUGGCUCGGCCUGAGGUUAUGCGAUGAGGGCGAGAUGGACGAGCCCAGCUCCGCCAAGCGGCCGUCCGUGCUGACCAUCGAUCGCGCCGCGUUCCUGCUUCUGCGCGUUAAGCGCGCCUUCAAGAAGAAGCGUCAGCUGAGGAAAGAUAAACAUGCUGCGGCGGCCGCGGCGGCGGCGGAGGCGCUAGGCGCGUGCCGGCGCGCCCCUCCCCCCCUGCUGCGCUCGCGCACUCUCCCCGCUAUCGUGGUGCCCGGCCUCUCAAUCCUGCACGCGCAGAUCGACCCCGCCAAGAACGACCUAACUCAAAGCCAGCUGCUAUGCCGCGGCGUGUCGUCGCACAAAGUGUGCGGGCUGCGCGCGCAGACGCCGCGCAUCUCGUUCACGAGCAAGGACGAGGAUGCGCACGAGAUGCGUCGGAAGAGUGCGAGCAGCCGGCUCGGGAACUCGCCGCGCGCGAGCAUAGCCAGCGACGAGCAACAUGGGAUAGUGCUAAGGGUCCCAGGGACAACCCCUCGCGGAUCGGUGUCCAGCACUGGCAGCUCGCGGCUGGCGCGGCUCCUGACACAGGGGGUGCGGGGAGACGAACUGACUAUAGAAACCCCCCGAAGACUCAGCUGGGAGAGGCGAGAAUCCAUCGGCCAAUUGCCUCGCUCGGCCAGCAUCGAUUCUAUGGUAGAGGCAGCGAUCUGCGCACGCCACUGCGAGCCGACCGCGCCGACGCUCGCGCCGCCGGGCCGCGCCGACCGCGCUCUGAGCCUUGUGUCGCCCGCUGUCGGCAGGCGCGCCAAGACGCAGAGGGGACAGGCUGAGCUCCAGUACGGCGCGCUCCUCGAGGGGUGCGGGGGGGAGCUGCCGUCCCUCUCGGCGUGCGCGCCGCUCCCCCCGCCCCUCGACAAGGCGAGGAGGCAGAAGGCGAAUGACAAGCUUGACAAAGUCGCUCAAGUUAACAUACACUUACACGCACUUUUCGCUGCCGUCGAACACGGCUACCUUGACAAAGCCAGAAAUAUCCUCGAGUCCACUGAUGUCGACGUCAAUAGUGUCAACCCCGAUGGCCUGUCGCCGCUCGACGUGGCCGUGCUGGCCAGCAACAGGCCGCUCGCCAAGAUGCUCAUGGAAUUCGGCGCCAAAGAGGGCACGCAAUUCAAGAGCGCAGAAGCUCUGGGCGCACACCUGCGGCGGCUGACGAGGGAAGCCGAAGCGCGGCUACAUGAUGCUGCUGGAUGCUUCCCGGAGCGCGCCUGUCGGGACGAUGCUUGCACAAGGUCAUCUGCGGGCAAGCAGGCGGACACGACAGGGUGCGCGGGCGGCGCGGGCUCUGAGAAGGACAAGCAGGCGCAACACUGGGAGCGGAGAGUGAGGACGCUCAAACGUCUUCUCCAUGGAUGGCAGGCUCUACGGGUGCCGGCGGCGCUAGCUCCUCCUGACUUGGAAGUGUGCGGCGCCCACUCUGUAUCUGUACGACUGAGAGACCCCAAACUGACGCGUGAGCAGCCUUCCAUCACCAAAUACAAAGUGGAAUGGUCAUCGCGCGCCGACUUCUCUAACGUUUGCGGUACCCGCGAGGUCCCAUGCGCCGUGCACGGACCUACACGGGUCCUGGCGGCGGGGCUGACUCGCGGUCGGCGUUAUUUCUUCCGCGCCGCCGCCGGAAACCUACGCGGCUGGGGCGCGCCCGCCUGCACCACUCCGCGAAGCGUUGUGCCUAGCUGUUGGCGCGACGUGUCGACUCGGGCGCUGCGCGGCGACCCGUGCGGCGCGGCGGCGGCGCUGGAGGCGCUCGCGGCGGCGGCGGCGGGCGCGCGGCUGCGGCCCGUCGCCGCGCCGCCGCGGCUGCCGCGCAAGAAGACCGCCACCAUCCGGCAGCUGUUCACGGCUGCUAGCAAGUUUCAGAAGAAUCUUAGAAGGGGCGUCUAUCUAGCAUGCAUUCUGUACCACGAAGACAAGGUGUUGGUGACGAGCGAAGAGUUCCUCCCGGUGAUUGAAGUCGACGAGACCUACCCUACGUGUAUCUAUACAGACUUCCACUGGCUCAUGAAGGUCUCAUGCGCAUGGGACGACGUCAAAGCACUCCGCUCAGACAUGGAAAAGCACACUUCGUCGUCUAUCCAUUUUCGGCUGAAACUGCUUACCGCAUGUGCGCAGAUGCAGUCCGCGCUCUGUAUUCAGGAUUUAGGUCAAUUAUACCACAAACCGCUGCGAGACUCGCACGGCACCAUCGUCCUGUCUUGUGUGAACAGCGUCAAGUCCGCCAAGUCCGUCUCCGCCCUCAACUCUCGUUGGGCCCCGGUAUCCAGGCUUCGACGACGAGUGCUAAGCGAGGACAACACUAUUGGAGAGCUCCUAAUGGCGUCUGUGCAUGAACAGAUCGCGUACCAUCAGGUGUCGCGUGUGCAGCUGCCCCGCGGCCUGUACCUGGGCUACCUGAAGCUGCAGUCGUCGGUGGAGGUGGUCCGCAUCGUGGCGCCCGCGCGCACGCCCAACGUGCCGCCGCACACGCGCGUGCGCGACAACCCGCACGUGUCCGCUGAGGAAUGGGACUUCCUAAAAACACAAGCAGGCAACCCGUCAUCCGAGGACCCGCAAGUGAUUCCCACUCUCGUAGCCAUGGGCAGCCAGGAGAAGCCUUCCGAAUCUCAAGAGAUGUUCCUGGACCAGAUCGCGUCCGCCUCCCGCCGGCUCUUUAAAGAAAUGGACAUUUCUAUAGAAACUGCUAUCACCCACCGAAUCUACGACCUUGAGGUCAUUGAACUUAAUAGCGAUGUCAGUUUCAUCAUGGUAUGUCCUCCGGCAGAACAAGCAUGCUCGGUACCCGGCCAAAAAGAAAUACUGCUACAGAAAGGGGACUUACUCAGUUUACCGAUACAGGCAUUCGAGAUGAUACAUCUUCAGACGUAUCACACUAACAUAUUAAACAAAUACUCCAAACUUAGCUGCGUUCUGGAGCUGGACGUCGCUUUAGCCGCUCAUUCGCAUCGAGAAGCGUUCUCUUGCACAGAGCUACAAACGGCCAAAGAGCGGCUGACCAAGUUAGAAGAACUCCAAAAUAAUUUAAAUACUAUAUGGAAGGCUGAAAGAUGGCUUAUGGAUCUGAUCGGUUUCGCCAGAGACAAAGACAAAGCUGCCCCCAGCUCCGGCAUAUUGCUCAAAUACGUCAUAGAAAGAAUGCCGUCGCAAUCCAGCGUCGAUGGCUCUGACGCGGAAAAUAACGAAAAUAUCAUGAAGGUAGACUUUCUUCAAAUACCAUCAAGAGAUGGCAAGAUUAACAAAACUUCCCCCGGAAGAGGCUCCUGGCCCGGCCCGGCUGGCAACGGAAACCACGCAAACCUACAUCCAGAGUUCAGCAAGUCGGAACAACAACUAAGUCUCGCCCCUCGACAAACUUCCGUCUCCACUCUCAACCUCAGCACUUCACAAUAUCUUAAUGCUGAACCUAAUUUCUCCAGAAAAGGUAGCGCCGAUUCACAGUACACUCAAUCCAGCGUUAGUAAUAAUUUCAUGAGCAGCAACUCUCAAUUCGACGUUAAAUCCCCAAGCACACAUAGUACCAGCAGCAUCCGACUACCUCCAUCUCGAAGCGAAGAUACUCUCGUCUUACAAGACAAUGAGCCUAAACCCAGACCGAACAGUAUAAACGCGAGCAUGUCUACAACUUCCAGCCCCCUACUCACAGUAAAAGGCUAUUACCCUGGAAGCAUGAUCAGCGUAAGAGCUAAAGGUAUCGCUUCUGAAUCCGCUCAGAGCUUAUCAAGUGACUCCGAAAGUACGAGCUGCCCUAUAACAACAGCAAUUCCUUUAAAAGUCCGUCCUCAACUAAAACAUAGAGCUCAACACGUGAUCGCGUCUAAAAGCAUGACUAACGUGAAGUCCACCGAUGUUGAGUUCACGGAUACAGGGCAGGAUAUGUUCCCGAAUAAGUCGGGGUCGUGUGUGAAGCGACAGACGUUGUUGGAGGCUCAGGAGGAGGCGGAGUAUCACAAUAAGGUUCCUAAGACUGACGAGAACAGGGGUGGCGAGGAGGAGCGGCCGCCGGACCAGCCGGGGAUACUGCAGGUAUUUGCCGCGUACGAGACCGGUUUAGCGGCCGGCACAUCGCUUAAACUGCACGUCACCCCGCGCACGUCGGCGCGGGAGGUCAUCGACCUCGUCGUAAAGCAGCUCAACAUGGCCGCCGUCCUCAAGGGCAAGCCCGGCCCCGUCUACGGCCCCGAGAAACUGCAGGACUUCUGCCUCGUCGCCGUCAUAGGAGCCCGGGAAAGAUGCCUCCGGGACGACUUCAGGCCUUUGCAACUCCAAAAUCCGUGGAGAAAAGGCAGACUAUACGUCCGACUCAAGCAUGAUGUGCUAGCGGCGUUACAACAUUCUGCCAAGCAGCCGGCGUUUAUUUAAAAAAAAUAGUUUGAUUUUAAAAACGUGUCUAUGGACUUUUUAUAUUUGUUGAUUGUUGAUUUCUGGUGCCAAUUAUUUUUGUUGAUGCUUUAAUACGAUAGGUAAGUAAAAGUUGUGAGUACUUUAGUGUUUACAGGAUUUAUGGUGCUUCUCACUAUAACGGGAUAUAACCGCUCAUUUUAUCAAACUUUCCGUACCUAGUUUUAGACUGGCGUAGUUUUAUCGCUUUACAAAAUAUAGUUGGGCCAGCCGUAUCAUUAGAAAGUGGCUGAGAGAAGGAUAAUACUUUCCAAAAACACUAAAAAAAUAAAGGAAAGAGUUUAUUUAUAUUUAUUUCUGCUGAUACGAAUGGCUGGCCAAAUUAUAGCUUACAGAUUUAGAUCGAAUUCAAUCUCUUGUCGUUCUCUAUUUAACAAAUCUAAUUAUUUAGGACUUAAGGUACAAUAGUGUGUGAUUCUGUGACUUGAGUCUAGUUAGGGUAGUGGUGUGUACUCAUUAUUUUGGAAAUCACACUGUACUUAUCCUAUUGAUAAAUGUCAAAAUAGUGUGGAUUGUAAGUAAGUCUAAAAUUACAAUCCAUAACCCAUAACCCUACAUCUAAGCCCCAAAGGAAACUAUCAGCUAACUUCAGACUAGUCCAAAGAAAGAGUUUAAAUAGUCAGAAGUUAGCUAAAUGAUAUCCAGAAUUAGUAAGAGUAAAAUGGCAGCAGACUGGCUGGCAAAAAAGAGUAGAAAUUAAAAAGGGGCAACACUGUAGUGUCGUCCCUUUCAAAUCAAUCUAAGAAAAACGGGACGAUACUACAGUUGCACUCUUUUUUGCCAGACUAUCUAUACAUCAAAGUGCCUGUUUAAUUUGAACAACAUAGAAGUCAUAUCAGGUAGGAAAACAGGGUGAAGAAUAUAUAUUUUGUGACACAACCUCCUAAAUCACAGUAAGAAAAAUAUCGAUCCAAUUUACAAAAUCGAAAUUUAAAACUACUUCAAGGUCUUGUAAUAUUAUCUACUUAAGAUUUUUUGACGCUACAUAGAUUAUUAUAAUUUAUUUUUUAUUAAUUUGGAGGUUCUUAUGUGCAUUAUAUUUACCUCCACUAACUUUUAAAAAUAAAACUUUAUUUAUUUAUGAGAAUGAAUGAUAGUGCGAUAUUUAAGGGAUAUUACUUGUAUGAUAGGUGGAUGCCAGUACAUAAAUAUUUGUAAAAAUAUUAAUUAAAUUUUUUAAUUGUAAACAAUUAAAAAUUAAAAUCUUGUCUGAUGUACGUAGAGACAACUUGUAAGUUAUUUUUAAACCACUAACUAAUUUCUGCAAAUUUUAUAAUUGAUUUUAAAAUUUUAAUUUUUGUGGUUAUAAAAAAAUACAAAUUCAAACGUAGGCACCUAUCAAUUUAUGAUUCGAAUACCUGUAACCCAUAUCUGUUACUAGCAAAAGUAUCUCAUUAAAAAUGUUUUAAAGCCUGACCAGUAAUAUAAUUAUGAUCAUUGUCAGAGGGCGUUGUUCAUUUUCAUGUAUAGGGUGACAGUUCAGUAUAGUAUGAUAAAAUUAACUCCAGUGAAAUUCCGCAACAUGGCGCGUGAUCAUAUAUUCCUGGUCAGGCUUUAUAUUUCUGCUUCUUUUGUCGAAGAAUCAGGCAAGAUAUCAUACUAAAUAUGUUUUGAAAUAUUUAGGCAAAUUCACCCAUAGAUCUCUAACGAAGUAUUCUUUAAUUAUUAUUUUUAUAGGUAUAGCCAUAAAUAUGUUUUAUUUUCAUAGCAAUUUGUAUAACUUUAAUGGAAUAAAUACUCAAAAUAAAUUAGUACCUAAGUAGGUACGUUUUGUUUCUAUGGGAAAUGUAUAUUUUUGUAGUUAGCCAUUGUGUACAAUACUAAAUGUGUAAUGAAAGAUUGUGAAAUAGAUAUAAUAUAAAUGAAUUAAAUAUUAUCAAUGAUUCGAGCCAUACUUAGAGAGGGAUUGCAAUGUUGUAAUUACGAAGCCUAACUUAAAUGUCUUAUGAAAUGUAUAAUAGAUUUAUUUUAGAUUAUUAUAUUCACCCGUCUGCCGCGGUAUGUGUACACUUGAGAUCGAAAGUCCUUUACCAGAUUAAAACCGUGACGUCGCUGACGUCAUGACUUAUUCUUAAGUUGAUCUAACGUAUUGUUUAAGAACCUAAACGAAACAAUAAAAAAAAACCGGCCAAGUGCGAGUCGGACUCACACACGAAGGGUUCCGUACCAUUAACUAUAAAAACGGUCACCCAUACAAGUACUGACCCCGCCCGACGUUGCUUAACUUCGCUCAAAAAUCACGUUUGUUGUAUGGGAGCCCCACUUAAAUCUCCAUUUUAUUCUGUUUUUAGUAUUUGUUGUUAUAACGGCAACCGAAAUACAUCAUCUGUGAAAAGUUCAGCUGUCUAGCUUAUCACAGAUCACGAGAUACAGCCUGGCGACAGACGGACAGGGGAGUCUUAGUAAUAGGGUCCCGUUUUUACCCUUUGGGUACGGAACCCUAAAAAUAUGUUAGAAAGAAUUCAACCUCCGUAGAAGUUACAAUAGUCACCAUUUUUUUUACUAGUAGAGUCGCAGUUGAACCUACCCUGAAAGUGCCGCAUGCAGUCCUGGUUUAUAUUAAACGUAUUUUUUUUAAGCCUUUUAUUGACAUGUUGGCUUGUUUUGCGGCGUGCCCAGCUGCACAUGUUCACGCUUGGACGUUGAAGUUUCCAAAGUUUCCAGUAAAGUUCAAAUGUUUGAAUUCUAGAGAAAUGCGCUGCUAAAUGUCAUGUGAAACAGCCCGCAUGUCCAUAAAAUGUGCGUUCACACGAAAAGAACGAGCGAUGUAAUCUUUGGUUAUAAAUAAUAUGUCAUACUAGUUUUAUUUUGUCUGAUAUUUGUCUGGUUGUUGAAUUUUUUUUUGCUUCCGAUGGAUAUAAUCCACCUCAGAUGAGAGAGUAUUUGUGGUUAAACUACGUGAAAUACCUACUGAUAAAGAACUUUUUAAGGUCCUGAGUGUACGUUAGAACUUAGACAAGUUGGAGUUUAACGUGAUGCACAAAAAUAAAUGUAAUUCAAAUCUU